AUGGCGAGCAUGUCGCCCGCAAGCGUCGUCACCGGCGGCUCCGCGGCCACCUCAAACCAGGGCAGCGUUUCGCCCCGGCAGACGGUGUCGCCCAAGAACGUCGCAUUUGAACUUCUCUUCACCGAGUCACCGCAAUAUCGUGCGCGACUGCCCAUGCGGGUUCAGAUCUACCCUCACGACACCACUGACUCUAUCGUCACCACUGUCAAGAAUUUUUACGGUUUGUACUCGGGGCCGACCGGUUCAAAGGGCGUCAGUUUCGAGGACGAAAAUGGCAUAACCCUCAUCGCCCGCUACGAGAACUUCCGCAACAACAUGGUUGUCUAUGUCAGAGUCAUCGAGGAACCUCCUUCUGCCCCUAGCCCCUUUGUGGCCCCCAUCUACCAACAUCCCCCCGUCGGCGCUCAGCCAUACUACAGCAGUGACGGAUACCCGCUUCAGCCCCCCCCUCGCUUCGGCCACGAGAUCUCCAGACCCUCAUCGAGGACAUCUCGGAAACGCAGUCCUUCUCCUAAUGCUAGCCGCGGCAGACGUAGCGGGUCUGCCAACACCAACCCCAAGAAGGGCCGUUCCCGCUCUUCCAAGAACCGGGACACGGGCGCCAAUGGCCACGCCGACAUUUACAGCGAUAGCGUCAACGGCUACAGCAGCGGCGAUGGCGCCCCCGGCUCCAGCUCUGGCAGAGCCAAGGAGCAGAUUGGCAAUACCGAAAUCAGUGUCGAAAACAUCGUAGAGGGAGGCCGCCGCAAGCGAGCCAAAUUCGAGAGCUCUGAGCUUCCCCUGUUCGCGCCUCCACAGAUGCCGGCGGCUACGUCAAACCCAUCCGUGUCUCCUGCCCGCCGCACUGAACCCCAGCGACCCUCGCUGCCUUUCGUACAGCCCGGCCAUAACCCCUUCACGAAUCCCAUGCCUCUUCAAUCUCCCCAGAGCCACAACAAUGGAUACGGGCAUGGUGGAUAUUAUGCGACGCCAUCCUCUGAGCGUCACGCUCGCGGCAGCAUUGGCUACCCCGGGCAAGGCGGCAACUAUGGCAGUAUGGGCGGUAUCCUCCCUACUCCGGAUCCUACUGUUGGCAGCUGCAUGUCGGAAGAGGACAAGGACGUGGCUAUUCAGCUUAUGCGUCUGGGUGAAAUGUCCAACAUUUCUCACGGUCGCACGUCUGCCUCUACUCUUGACGACACUUUUAGCGGUCGCGCCGAUGCUGCUUCGUCUACUGGAGCCACUAGCGACGGCGAAAGCGAGAGUGAAGAAGAAAGCCCAGCUGCCCGGCACCAGAAGCUGGAUGCCGCUGGCAUCAUGCGCAAGAUUUACCAGACCACCGAGAGCCACUUCAUCCCCCAGCCAAGCAUUGAGCCUGCCGGUGACGAUGCCGAGAUGGAGGAAUCUGUCGAAGGCGUGACCAACGGCGAGCGCAAGCCUGAGGUUUUGAAGAACAAGACCAACCUCCCCGACGCCCGACCAAAGACGCAAUUGCCGGGCUCCAAGGCCAAGACCAAGGUCAGCAAGGUUCCUCGUCCGUCAAUUCCUAAGCCGAAGAAGGCCCCUGUCACUGCCAACGGCCCUAUGUCGCCGGCAUCUCUCCCUCCUUCUCGCAAGCCGUCAAUCACUUCCGCCGCGGCCGUGCCCGGUGCUCCUGGCGAGGAGGAGCAGUUGGACCUGUCGGCCAAGCCUCGUUGCCAGCGGUGCCGCAAGAGCAAGAAGGGCUGUGAUAGGCAGCGACCUUGUGGGCGAUGUCGCGACGCUGGUCUCAGCGCCGACCAGUGCAUCAGCGAAGACGAAGGCAAUGGCCGCAAGGGCCGCUAUGGCCGACACAUGGGAGUGCCCAUCAAGAAGGAAGACAUUGCCAAUCCUACGCAGCCUAUUCUCCUUCCAGCUGCACCCAUUGCCACAACGGCUGGAGUGGCCGACAAGAACAAGAAGAGGAAACGGUAG